AUGAAUGGAUCUAAGAUAUUAGAAAUCAAUAGUGAUGCAAGUGACUCUUUGGUAUCAUUGCCAAUUGUAACAUUUCCACCAUUUAAGUUGCGUGCUUCCUUAGUUGAAAGAGAUCCAGUCGUUUGGGUUCAUUUGUUAGAAACUUACAACAUGUAUAUGGCAAAUUUAAUCUCUAAUAAGGUAUGGACAAGAUUGGAUGAAAAAACAUGGGAACAAUUAUGUUUAUUUUUAAGAAGUUAUUUACAUGAAUUAUCUAGUGAAAAAGGACAGUUAUUGAGUUUAGGCCAUAAUGUUGAUGUUAGUAAAAAUUUGGAAAUGUUACACAACUGGUGUUUCAAAUUAAUUCAAGCCGUUGGUAGCAUUUUCAAAUUACAAAUGAAUGCAUCAACUUUAUGGGAUUUUAUUCGAAUUUAUGCCGAAAAAUCACCAAUCACCGUUCGUAAAAUUAUUAGUGGCAGUAAUGAACGCACCAAUAACAAGAUUGAUUACAGUUAUAUGAUCCAUAAUCAUAUUGAAUAUUUAGUUGGUAGUGGAAAGUUUGACCGUUUUGACUUAAAAACAUUGGAAAAUUUGGUAGACAAUGAAAAUAUUAAUAAAAUUCAAAAGUUUCAAGGGAAAAAAGAUUUUGAAACCCAGAGUGUAAGUAAAUUUGGUGGAAAGUCUAUAAGGGAAAGGAAAAACAAAAAACAAUUUCGCAAUAAUAAUAAUAGUAGUAGUAGUAGUACUAAAGUUACUGAUUUUGUUGAUAAAUUUAGUUCUAUUAGAUGGAUUGAGAUUUUGGAAGAAUUAUAUGCAGAUGGCAAAGGUGUUCAUGCGGCCAUGGCAAAAAAAUUAUGUGUUCUCACUCUAUUGAAUUGUUCAAUACCGAGAAUAUCAUCAAUAGCCACUGAAUUGGGGAUUAACAGCUUGGUUGCCUUAAAGUUGUAUCCAUUAUUUGGUUCCAUUUUGUGGGGAGGUUAUUAUUCGGGGAAAUAUUUCAAAACACUUGAACGACGUUUGCCAUUUUUAAAAGUGUCCAUAUCAACAAAAGAUGAUGGUUCUGAUAAGAUUAAAGACGAAGAUAUUAAAGCUGUGCAUGAUGUUUUCCCUGAUCUUCCUGAAGCACAUCUUAUAUCUUUGUUGAGGCAAUAUGGCACCGUGGAACUUGUAAUAAAUAAAAUUUUUGAAAAUCCAGAAUUGCAAAUGCCAAGCACCGAGAGUAGUAGUAGUGGCGGUGGUGGUAGUAGUAGUAUAGAAACAAGACCUGGAUCUGAUAAGCUUGUGGAGAAGAAAGCAGUUGGUGAUUUUAAAACACCAUUGAAAAUAACUGAUAAAAUCAAAUCAAAAAAAUCAAGUCAUCUGCCCAGUUCUACUGUGGCAGCAGUUCCAGAUGCAGUUCGUAAUAAAACCUUAACUGCAGCAUUACGUUUAUUGUAUGAGGCUGAUGAAGAUGAAAUGGAUGAUACCUACGAUGAUGCUCAAAGAACAGAUUUUAACACGAAAAACAGCAAUAACGGUAAUGAUAAGCGUGACUCAAAAUAUAACAAGAUUGAAGAAUACUUGUGGGUUUUAUUAAAACAGGAUGCUGGACUAUUUGAAAGAAAGGGGCGUAAAUCAGCAAAGCGUAAGGACAUGAAAUCUGUAACUGGUUGGUCCGAUGAGCAGAUUGAAGGCUGGGCUAGAAUGAUUCAACGUAGUCCUUUAAGAGCACAAUUAUUGGAAGAAAAAUUUAUGUUUGUAAAUCCAAACAAGGUUUCAAGAAAUGAUGAGGGAAAGGAAGCAGAGAAAGAAAAAGAAAAAGAAGAAGAAGAAGAAGAAGAAGAAGAAGAGAGUAAUAGUAGUGCUAAAACUCAUAAAAACCACGGUGGUAAUAAAUCUAAAAAUGUUGGAUUUAGUAAAAGACAAUAUGCCAAGAAUGAAAAGAAUAAAAGUUCCAAGGCUAACCACAAUAGAAAAAUGGGUCAUGAUAAAAAGAUGGCUCGUGGUUUUAUGUGA